UUGUGAAGUGCCCGAUGGCACCGAGCUCCUGUUUGUCCAGAGGGCGGCGCUGAACCCGACGGCCUGGCUUUUCUCCCCCAGACUUGGGCUGCCGGGAGCUAAACGCGGCGGAGCGCGCCUUCGAGAGCUCAUCGGAAACCGGCGUCCGCUGUGCCUUUACGCACGGCGCACCUCCGCUUCUCUGGAAAGAGGCAGUACUUCAGCCGGCAAGAGAAGGAAGGCGGCAGCAGCAAGGCGCCUUCCAGCAGAAGCUGAGCGCGCCUCGGGGGCCCCAGCAGCACCUGUCUCUGAGAUGUGUGAAAUGGGGCUGGUCUCUCCUGAGCCCUCCAGCCUGACACCAUACUAUGGGGAGAUGCCGGACGCUUAUUGUCAGGACGACCGCUGGCAGAGGUUGCGCACGACUGUCAGGAAGCUGGAAUUCUGGGAGAACUUUGAGGCGGAAUUGAUUGGCAGCGGCUUCUUCUCCAAAGUGUUCAAGGUUGCCCAAAGCCCUGGAGGCAAAGCAAUGGUGGUGAAGAUCUACAAGAAUGACGCAGACCAGGAGGGGAUCGUACGUGAGAUCAGCUUGCUGCAGAAGCUCUCCCAUCCCAACAUUGUCAGGUAUCUUGGGAUCUGUGUGAAGGGUGAGAAGCUGUAUCCCAUUCUGGAGUAUGUGAAUGGCGGGUGCCUGGAAGAGCUGCUGGCCUGCAAAGACGUCUCUCUCAGCUGGAAGGAGAAAGUGGACUUGGCUUCAGACAUCACCCGGGGGAUGGUCUAUUUGCACUCCAAGAACAUCUACCACCGGGAUCUCAACUCCAAGAACUGCCUCAUUCGGGUGACGCAACGGGGGCGUGAGGCCCUGGUGACGGAUUUCGGCCUAGCCAAGGAAGUGGCGGAGCUUUCUGCGAAGGACCCUGAGAGAAAGCUUUCUUUGGUGGGCUCGGCUUUCUGGAUGGCCCCUGAGAUGUUGCGAGGGGAACCUUAUGACCGGAAGGUGGACGUCUUCUCUUUCGGCAUUGUCCUGUGCGAAAUACUAGGGAGAAUCCCAGCUGACCCUGAGGUGCUGCCCCGGACCCAGGAUUAUGGCCUGGAUGUGGCGUCCUUCUAUGACAUGAUCCGUGAAUGUCCCAAGCAGGUCUUGGAUCUGGCUGCCAGCUGCUGCAGGGUGGAAGCGUUCAAGCGCCCGUCGUUCUCAGAGAUCUUGGAGGAGCUGGAAGACACUGCGGAGAGGCUGGAGUCUACAGUGUGCAAGCAGACCCCCGGCUGAAGCACCGGGGACCUGAGCUGCGAAUGUACUUGUAUAUCUUGAAACGGACAGCGGUGAGCAGGAGGGCAAAGGGCCUCACGGCAAAAUAUUAAAGGGGUGCCUUGCCCUGCUCACCCAUUUCAGGACAGAUCUGCGACUUGUAUAGAGGAAGAGGGGGUUCUGUU